AACACAUUUUUUGAUCUAACUAGUUUUCCCGCCGAUUAGUGUACUUUUUGCAAGAUUUUGUUUUAAUUAAAAUAUUUCUCCGUAUUAAAAACUUUCCAAUUGUGCGAUUUAAACUUCAAAAUAACAUAUUCGGUCUUUUCUAAUAUUUUUAAUCGUCAAUAUUUGCUGACGUGUUCUUAACUUGAAAAUUCCUUCCUAAUCGUAAUUCCUAAUCAGUAAUCGGCCUCCUCUUAACUUAAUUAAUAAAAUGGCCAAAGUGAACAUUUGUAAUGUCGUCGUAAAGGAUAACCCCUGCCCCUUCAUGCAUCCUUUCCAGUUCGAAAUUACUUUUGAGUGCUUAGACGGAUUGGAUGAAGACCUUGAAUGGAAGAUAAUUUAUGUUGGGUCAGCGGAGAGUGAGGAAUACGAUCAGAUUCUGGAUACAGUACUCGUUGGACCUCUAAUUGGUGGCAAACAUAUGUUUGUUUUUGAGGCCGACCCACCCGAUGCAACAAAAAUCCCCAAAGAAGAUGUUGUCGGUGUGACUGUCAUCCUACUGACGUGCCUCUACAAGAAAGCAGAAUUUAUCAGAGUCGGUUACUACGUCAAUAACGAAUACACCGAUCCCGAACUGAAAGAGAACCCACCGGCUGAACCUGAUUUUUCUAAGUUACAGCGCAACAUUUUGGCGACCUGCCCUCGAGUGACAAGAUUUAAAAUUAACUGGGGGGACGAGGAGGUGAACGUAGGCAACGGUAUCGACCAGCUGUCUCUCAGCUCUCAGAACAGUUUUGGUGGCACCAACAUUUUUGGCAGCAACAACGUUUUUGGCAGCAGCAGUAACAACUUCGGUAGCAGCAGUUUUGGUAGCGACCACAACCACGCCGGUGGUAGUAAUGGAAAUGGAGUCUUGCAGAACUCUUUUGAGGAAGAUCUAUACGAGUCAGACAGUAGGAUGUUGGAUAUUCCUACAUGCGAUCUAAGUAAUCACGAGUUUGAAAAUAGUAACAAUGAUAUGAUGUUUGAUUGAUUGAGUUGUUGGUUCGCUGAUUGUAUGAUUGAUUGAAUGAUUGAUUGAUUGCUGAUUAACUAACUGGCUGACUGGAGGUUUGAUUGAUUAAAUGACCGUUGAUGUCAAAAAUGUUGUUGAUUGCCUGGUUGAUUGAUUGUUUAAUUUAAUUAGUUGAUUUAUUGAUGGUUAAUCUGCAUUUGAGAUUUCAUUUUCAAACAAAUAUUCUUCCAUCCUAUUUUGGUUUGCCAACUAAAUGUUAGAAAUAUGAAAGAAAAUGAUAAUUGUCAUGCUGAAUUUUGUGCUUUUGGAAUGAAAUGCUGAGGCUUAGAAUGCUUUAACAAUUUGUUAAAGAGGCAUACCUAUCUUUUUUUGCCAAUUCAUUCAGUCAUUCUAAGUUAAUUUCACUAUUUCUUUUUAAAUCAUAUAUAUAUAUAUAUAUAUAUAUAUAUAUAAGCUAAAUUUCAUUUCAAACAAUUUAUAAUUUGGGAAAUAUCUCUUAUCACAUAAAAUAAGUUUAAUUAAACAAAGUUUGAUUCAGACAACGUUGCUGAUUAUGUGUGUUUGUGUGUGUUUUUACAAUUCAGUUCGUUUAUAAUUAAAUAUUUAAUGCACAAGCAAUGCUAAAUUACCCAGACUAUAUAAUUCGUCAUUUCUACUAUUCACGAUCUAUUUGCUUGUUUUUAUCUAUAUCUUUUUUACGUUCACCUAGUUAACUGGACAUGAAACAAGAGGCACAUUGCUAUCGUUAAAAAUAUUUUUAUCAUUAAUAUUAUUUUGGGUAUUUAUUUUUUUUAUUAUUGGUUUUAUUAUUUCUAUUAUUAAGUUUCUUUUUCUUAUUAUAGCAGAUUACGCAGAGAAGUGGUGACGAAUAACGCUAUCGUAAACUUACUUUUACAUUUUUAAAAAUUUCUAUCAAACUUUUCAAAAUAAUUUCGUGGUAGUUUUUAUUCAAAAUCGUAAAUGAAAAAUAAUCACUGGACAACAUUCAAA